AACUUUGCCAUGCAGAAUUCACCAAUGGAAAGUCUGCCACCGCAGUUUCUCAGCAAAUUGGAAUUUUGGGAGGAACCGAGCCUAACAGUUACAGAAGAAUCAAGAAAAGAAAACACACAGUCAACCAAAACCGAGUGCCAACCUUCAAGAGAAAGAACUUGUCUAAAAGUGACCCAGAGAAAAAUGAAACCAACAAAAUUUGUCUCCCCAAAAGACGAAAGGCAGCGCAAGAAACGGGAGGCCGCAAACGCGCGGGAGAGGCGCAGAAUGCAUGGUCUAAAUAGCGCGUUUGACCAGCUGAGGGCGGUGGUCCCACAAAUAGGAGGGGGAGAACAACAAUUAUCCAAGUAUGAAACUCUUCAAAUGGCUCAAACCUAUAUACAGACUUUACAGGAGCUAUUGGCAAAGACUAUGCCACAUACGUACAUUAAUUCUGAUUCUGAAAGUCUGGAUGGAGAACAGAACUAUUGUGAAAAUAUUCCAAGUGCUUACUAACUUUUAAAGUUGAAAUUCCAGAAGUUCUUGUACUUUCAGAAGAUAAUCAAAAAUGUGAU